AUGUUGCUUUCCCCCGUCCCGCAGAAGGCGCUGUCGGUAAGCGUUGACUCCGGUUUUGACGUGCUGUCUACUUCCCAUGGUGUCCUGAGUGUUGGUCGACAAUUGCAGUCUUCGUCACUGCAAGAUUUUUUUUGCGAUGAUUUUGGAUGUGAUGUUGCUGUAGCAAUGGGCCUGUGGAUUACUGAAUGGACAUGCCCUGUAAAAGGAUAA